CUUGUCACAAUUAUGAUCGGCUAUCGUUUCCGCUGAGCAGAACUAGUGCUCCAACCAGACAUGUGGAGAUAUUUGCAUCAGAUGUCAUAUACCCGUGGAAUCUGCUGUCAUCCACCUCUCUCGGUAUUGGUUUCUUUUCCUGCUUUCUGUCUUUUCUUUAUUUAAUGUAUCUUGUUGUCUUUGUGUCACUACGCCUUACGCCGUUUUUUUCUUUGGUUCCUCGUCAAUAUGCCUUCCGUAUGGCAAAGAUUUAAGGCAUCGUUCUUUCCUGCGAACGUGUCUACCUAUGCGGCGGCACCUACGAUCAAAGUUCGGCAAGAGGGACUCGCAGGUCGAGCUUCUCCACCUCCUGGAUAUGACGAAAAGAAGAUCGUGGUGACCGAGGAGUCCACUCAAGCGGAGAGGACGACUCGCAGGAAGCCCAAUGCUUUUGACAAAGUCACGAAGCUCGCUGGCUCGAGUGUUGUGGUCUUUGUCAUGUUGGGCAUACUUGUACUUUGGUUGGUAAUGGGAUUGGUAUAUGGGACGACAGACACAUGGCAGAUCAUUCUGCAAAAUGCAUCUUCCAUUCAGGUCUAUGUCACAGACAUUCUUCUCAUCAGACAAGCUUCGAACGCCAAUCAAUCGCUCAUGAUCACCAUCGCCGAGCUUCAGUCCCGCAACCAGACUUGCGAGCGCUUACUUGCAAUGAUUCCUGGUUGCCAGUGGAUGGAGACACACAAGGAGGAGCCGAAGAAGCUUCUCCUCAAUGGACGUCCAAUCGAGGACGAGGUGGAGGAGAGUUUGUUCAUGGUCACUGGCCGACAAUCGCGCAUCAGGACAGCCUGGAAUAAGACAUGCCAUACUAUUGCUAUCGGAGUCGGCUCACUCUACGCAUUCAUCAUCUACUGGAUCGGUAUCUGCGUCUGGAUUGCCAUUGGGCCCGCCUACCAAUUCAGCGACACAUGGCAACUAUACAUCAAUACCGCCACUGCUCUGUCUCUUACAAUCACUAGUGUCUUCCUCCAGAACAUCCAGCAACAACAAGAAGACAAGCUCGAGAAGUGCCUUGAAUACGCCCUCAAGAUCGAUGCCGAGGUCGAGUACAAACUUCGCGAGCUGACCGAAGACGAGAAGCCGAACCUGAUCUUUGAGAUCGCGGCACCAAAGCGCAACCGAAGUGAACGUGCCAUCACUCGUUUCGCAGAGACCAUGGGUUCUGGUCUCGGUGUUCUCAUCUCUUUGGCCGCUACCGCAGCUUGGAUCGCUAUCGGCCCUCUCCUUGAGUUUAACGACAACUGGUGGCUCAUCAUCGGCACCUUCACUGGUCUCGUUGGUUUCAUCGAUGGUUUCGUACUUAGAAACCUGUACCACCGUGAUGAGAAAUAUGCCAAGACUCAAUUCCGCUUCUUGGAACUCUCCGACAUGAAACUCCUCGAGAAGCUUAAUGUCCCGCCGCCAAACAGACCACGCGAUCAACGAUCCCUCUCCACGCGCAUCAGUAUCGCCGUCGGUGAUGCCUGCGGUCAUCGGUUUACAUCUAUUGGUGCUGUCUUCAUCGUUGUAGCUUUGUUGGUCAUCGCUACGAUUCUGAGGUGGUCGGAGACUGGACAGCUGCUUUGCAACACUCCUACCAUGAUUGCGGAAGGCUUCUUGCUGUUGGUGUUGAUUCAGGCGCACAAUAUUGCGAAUGUUGAGCGAGGAGAAGACUUUAAUGGUGUUCUCAAGAGGAGACUUAUGUUGAACAGUUAUGUGCAUGCGAUUGAUGCUUAGAUAAUUACUCUUGCAGAAGCAGACAAGCGGGACAGAAACCCUUCAACAUAUUUACAGACACCAAUCUUUUGUUUUUUGUUAUAUAUCACACACCAGGUGGGGUUAAUCUGGGGUUAGGUGUUGCAUAAUACGGUGUAUGGCU